AUGACAGGGAAACUAGCGGACAAGAUCCCUCUUACCAUGAGCAGUUUAAUAAACACGAUCCCUGACAGUCUCUACCCAGAAGAGGACAUCCCGACGUCUAUGAAUAUUUUCACCAAUACGGAGUCUAUAAACCAUUAUUCACAGAUGAACACAGAUAACAUCAUGGAUCUGGGCAUGGGGAGUGAGAAGGCGACCUCAGAGAUUCAGUAUGGAUCCAGCUUCCAGUCCAGCCGCAGCGGGCAGACCGUCACAUAUCUGGGGAAGUUUGCCUUUGACACACCUCCUUCGGGUGGGAUUGGCGGUUCAGGCUGGUGUCCUGACAACAACAUCAUCAGCCUCGUGAGUGCAGGGAUCCUGGGUGUCUCUCCAUCACCGGGCAACGUAACCACACAGACAUCGUCCUCUGGAGCCAGCAUGGGAGGACAGGCGGCAGACAUGGAGCAGGUGUAUGGUCCACCCCUGCCUCCUUACUCCACCUGCAGUGACCUCUACCAAGAUCAGGGCUCCUUUCAUCACAGCCCUGUCUCAAGCACGGCUUUAGCCUACCCUGGCAAUGACUAUCAUUCUACGCCCAAAGCCUCCAUGGAUGGCAGCCUUUUCUCAAUGAUUCCCGACUACAACCUUUUUCAUCAUCAAGGGGAGGUCGGUGUGAUGGAGCACAAGCCCUUCCAGACUAUGGAUCCCAUCAGAGUGAACCCUCCACCUAUUACACCCCUGGAGACAAUCAGAGCGUUCAAGGACAAGCAACAGAUGCACCCAUGCUUCCCGGGGGGACAGCAGCACCCACCUCAACACCAUCCCCCGCCUCAGACUCUCACCCUGAAACCCAUUCGACCACGGAAGUACCCCAACCGCCCCAGCAAAACUCCAGUCCACGAACGUCCGCACGCCUGUCCCGCAGAGAACUGUGACAGAAGAUUCUCACGUUCUGAUGAGCUCACACGUCACCUUCGCAUCCACACGGGUCACAAACCCUUCCAGUGCAGAAUAUGCAUGCGAUCCUUCAGCCGGAGCGACCAUCUGACCACGCACAUUCGCACACACACAGGUGAGAAACCCUUCUCCUGUGAGUUCUGUGGACGCAAGUUUGCCAGAAGUGAUGAGAGAAAGAGACAUGCAAAGGUUCAUCUGAAACAGAAGGACAAGAAACAGGCAGAAAAGAGCAGUGGGGUGGCGGGCAGUCACACCUCACCCCCUAAUUCCUGUGGGGGGCCAACAGUGGGAUCAUCAUGA